AUGAUGCUGUCGACCACGAGCCGCCUCGCUGCCCGCGCCCUGCACACGUCGUCACGUCUCUCCGCUGCUGCUGCUGCUGCGGACCAAGCCGCUGCUUCUGCCACCAAGGUGACGCUGAACCUGACCACGCCCCACCAGGCUUUCUACAAGGACGCCGAGGUAGACCUCGUGCAGAUUCCAGGCGUGAUUGGCGAGUACGGCGUGACGGCUGGCCACACGCCCGUGCUGGCGCAACUGAAGCCUGGCGUCAUCAAGGUGCACGUGGAGCGGGAGAAGGACGUGCACAGCUUCUUUACGGCUGGCGGCUUUGCCUUGACGCACGCCAACUCGGUCACGGACAUUGCGUGCGUGGAGCUGGUCAAGGUGGAAGACAUUGACCCGGAGGCGGCGCAAGCUGGACUGGCAACGUACCAGGCGCAGUUGGCGUUGGCUGCCGAGGGAUCGGAGGACAAGCUGAACGCGCAGAUUGGAGUCGACACCCACGCGGCCAUGGUGGCUGCCGUUGCGAGCAGCUAA